AUGAAUAGAGAAAAUUUUUUCCCCUCAAUAAUCGGUUUAAAUUUCAUUUUUAAGUGGGCGCAAUAUUUAAAAUGCGACGGAUUUCCGGAUCCGAAUUCAUUUUCACAAAUGAACACAUAUUUAUAUUUAUGGAAAAAAGAUAAUACGUUCGUUGGAAUGGAUAAAGAAUUGGAAAAAACGGAAGAAGUUUUAACGAUAAGGAACGAAAUGAGAGACCAUCAGCAAAAACGUUUGGAUUUUGCAACGUACAAAUUAUUAAGAGACGUGAAUAAAAAUUUAGAAAUCAUAGACAUGACGAAAAGAAAAUACGUUUUGGAAAGUAAAUAUUUUACUUUGAAUCUUUGGAACGUGACUCAUUUACCCGUUUCCGCUGGAGCCGUGAACGAAGUCAAAAAAAGUUUUAAUUUGGAUUUUCCAAACAUCGGUGUGAGCAUUCUUCUUCCAGCAGGAUUUUACGACGUCAAUAUGGCGGUGAGAGCUUUGUGGUUGAAAUACGAUCACAUUUCUGACAAUUGUCGCACGUGGGAUUGCCCUUCUAUCGUUCCCGACAUUUUUUCAAAAGAUUUAAACGAAAUCAUGGAAGACGAAUGGAAGCUUAAAAUCGAAUUGCAAAAACAGUUCGACGAAUAUGAGAAAAGUAUCGAAAGUGCAACGGCCGAAGAACUUUUAACGAACAAACCGAAAAAAACAAUUUCGGAAAUGAUUUCGGACAUAGAAGAAAAUAAAUUGAAAGAAUUAAAAAAACAAAUGAUCGUGGAAUCAGUGACGCACGAAGUCAAUUUACGCAAGUUUACAUUUCUCGGCGGAGUUUAUUAUUUGGAUUUACUCGAACAACCCCCACAACCGAGAGAACUCAACGACAAAACCGUCGUGACUCUAGUUAACGUACCGGAAACGUUAAAUUCGUUACCAUAUUACGAACAUUACAUACCUCCGCCUCCCCCCGAACCUGGUGCUCGUCGCACACCCGAAGAAAUCGAAAUAGAAGUCAAGAAAAAAGAAAAAGCAAUGGAAAAAUUAGCUGGCGUCACAGUGGCUGAAGAACCGGAAACGGCGAAAAAACCCGCAGAAGAUUUAAAAAGAGAAAUGGAAAAAGAAAAAGAACUUCAAAAAUUAGUCGUUUUGACGGUUGAGUGA